AGUACAGAGGAUUUAGGGAAACUACCGGUUACGGGCUUUAAGUUAAGAGACUUAUUUUAUUUAUGUUAUUAAUUUUUCGAUUGCUCCACCUAGAGUUAUUGCGAGACCAGUGAGGGACUACGGUAGUCAGUAGUGAGUAUAAAACAAAAGAAUAAGCGUUUUGGGUGUUUGAUUUAAGUUUGUUGUCGGGAGGUGUAGUAGCUGCAGCACAUUGAGGUAUCAGCUUGACCAUGGUGUUGCAGAACAGUGGGAGACUAAAGUCGGACAAUAAGAGUCGUGGUGAGGGUGAGAACCAGCAGGAUGAUAGCUCCUCUUUAUCAGCCCUUAAGCGCUUGGAGCGUAGUCAGUGGACUGAUGAGAUGGAUGCACGUUUUGGAUUUGAGAGAGUAAAGGAGCCUGGCGAGAAGACAGGAUGGCUUAUUAACAUGCAUCCGACAGAAAUUCUAGAUGAUGACAAACGGCUUGUUAGUGCAGUGGAUUAUUAUUUUAUCCAGGAAGAUGGAAGCAGGUUCAAGGUUGGGCUGCCAUAUAAACCAUAUUUUUAUAUUGCUUCAAAAAAGGGCUGUGAGAGAGAAGUGGUAUCCUUUCUGUCCAAGAAAUUUCAAGGGAAAAUUGCCAAGCUUGAAACUGUUCCCAAAGAAGACUUGGAUCUGCCAAAUCACCUUGUGGGUUUGAAAAGACACUAUAUCAAAUUGUUUUUCGGCACAGUAGAUGACCUUAUAAAAGUGAGGAAAGAAAUUAUGCCAGCUGUCAGAAAGAAUAAAGAGCGAGAAACCUCUAAUGAUGCCUACACAACCAUGUUGUCCAGAACACAGCAACACUACCUUUACUCUGUAACCAUUCAGGUCAAGUCAAACAGUGCAGGUAACCAUGAACUAAAUAUUCACAAAGAAGCAGGCAGAUGCAUAAAUGUUUUGGUAACUACAGCUGCAGUUUGUGUGCUUUGUGUUGAUAGCUCUAGCUUUCCAUAUCAGCAGGUUAUUUUAGAGGAUAACAUCUGUCCAGAACUCUGUAUUGUAGGCUACCUGAUCACAAACCGUGAAAUUGUAUCGGAGGACAUAGAAGAUUUUGAAUAUACUCCUAAAGCGGAGUAUGAAGGCCCAUUUUGCAUCUUUAAUGAACCAGAUGAGGCAAGUCUAAUUCAGAGGUGGUUUGAACAUGUACAGGAAACCAAGCCCAAUAUUUGUGUGACCUACAAUGGGGAUUUUUUUGACUGGCCAUUCGUGGAAGCCAGAGCAGAGGUUCAUGGGCUGAACAUGUACAGAGAGAUUGGCUUUCAGAAGGAUAGCCAGGGAGAGUACAAAUCCAGCCAGUGUAUUCACAUGGACUGUUUCAGGUGGGUUAAGAGAGACAGUUACCUUCCAGUGGGGAGCCAUAAUCUGAAGGCAGCAGCUAAGGCGAAGUUGGGUUAUGACCCAGUGGAACUUGACCCGGAAGAGAUGUGUCGAAUGGCUACUGAGGAGCCACAGGUAUUGGCCACAUACUCUGUUUCGGAUGCUGUUGCUACUUAUUACAUGUACAUGAAGUACGUACACCCUUUCAUUUUUGCUCUGUGUACCAUCAUUCCAAUGGAGCCUGAUGAGGUGUUACGAAAGGGCUCUGGCACUCUCUGUGAGGCUUUGCUUAUGGUCCAGGCAUAUCAUGCUAAUAUCAUCUUCCCAAACAAGCAGGAGCAGGAAUUUAACAAACUGACCAACGAUGGUCAUGUUCUAGACUCUGAAACGUAUGUAGGUGGGCAUGUUGAGGCACUGGAGUCUGGGGUAUUCCGUAGUGAUAUCCCUUGCCGAUUUAAAAUGAACCCAGCAGCAUUUGAUUUCCUGCUUCAUAGAGUAGAGAAAACACUGAGGCAUGCAAUUGAGGAAGAGGAGAAGAUCCCACUAGAGCAAGUAAUCAACUUUCAAGAGGUUUGUGAUGAAAUUAAAAAGAAAUUGAACAUGCUAAAGGAAGUGCCAAACCGAAUUGAGUGUCCUCUGAUUUACCACUUGGAUGUGGGGGCCAUGUAUCCAAAUAUUAUUCUUACCAACAGGUUACAGCCCUCUGCUAUGGUGGAUGAAGCAACAUGUGCUGCGUGUGACUUCAAUAAACCAGGAGCAAAUUGCCAAAGAAGAAUGGCAUGGCAGUGGAGAGGCGAGUUCAUGCCAGCCACUCGCAGUGAGUACCAUCGUAUUCAACAACAGCUGGAGUCAGAGAAGUUUCCUCCACUUUUUCCAGAUGGCCCACCGCGAGCAUUCCACUCAUUGAAUCGAGAGGAGCAGGCCAAGUAUGAGAAGAAACGACUAGCAGAUUACUGUCGAAAAGCCUACAAAAAAGUACACAUUACACGUAUUGAAGAACGUGUGACUACUAUCUGUCAGAGGGAAAAUUCCUUCUAUGUGGAUACUGUGCGAGCAUUCCGUGACAGGAGAUACGAAUUUAAAGGAUUGCAUAAGGUUUGGAAAAAGAAACUUACAGCGGCUAUGGAGAGUGGAGAUGCUGCAGAAGUUAAACGCUGCAAGAACAUGGAGAUCCUGUAUGAAUCUCUCCAGCUUGCUCACAAAUGUAUCCUGAACUCGUUCUAUGGCUAUGUAAUGAGGAAAGGAGCUCGCUGGUAUUCCAUGGAGAUGGCAGGGAUUGUGUGCUUCACCGGAGCGAACAUCAUCACUCAGGCCAGAGAGUUAAUAGAGCAGAUUGGGAGGCCGUUGGAGUUGGAUACUGAUGGGAUCUGGUGUGUUCUUCCAAACUCUUUCCCUGAGAAUUUUGUAAUAAAAUCAAAUAAUCCCAAGAAGCCAAAGGUUACGAUUUCAUACCCUGGUGCAAUGCUGAAUGUGUUGGUGAAGGAUGGAUUUACUAAUCACCAGUACCAGGAGCUUGUAGACCCAGCGACACUUACUUACAUAACGCGCUCUGAAAACAGCAUCUUCUUUGAAGUAGAUGGGCCAUACUUGGCUAUGAUCCUUCCCGCUUCCAAGGAAGAGGGAAAGAAACUGAAAAAAAGAUAUGCUGUGUUUAAUGAAGAUGGCUCCUUGGCAGAACUAAAGGGAUUUGAAGUCAAACGACGUGGAGAAUUGCAGUUAAUUAAAAUUUUCCAGUCCUCUGUAUUUGAAGCAUUUUUGAAAGGUACCACUCUGGAAGAGGUCUAUGCUUCAGUAGCUAAAGUUGCAGACUACUGGCUUGAUGUACUCUACAGCAAGGCUGCUAACAUGCCAGAUUCUGAACUGUUUGAGUUGAUCUCAGAAAAUCGAUCAAUGUCUCGUAAGCUUGAGGAUUAUGGAGAGCAGAAAUCUACGUCAAUCAGUACAGCAAAACGUUUGGCUGAGUUUCUUGGUGACCAGAUGGUGAAGGAUGCUGGGCUUAGCUGUCGAUAUGUAAUUUCCAAGAAACCUGAGGGAUCACCAGUUACUGAACGUGCCAUUCCAUUGGCCAUCUUCCAAGCUGAGCCUGGUGUGAGGAAGCAUUAUCUUCGGAAAUGGCUGAAGAGCCCAUCCCUGCAAGAGUUUGAUAUUCGAAUGAUUCUGGACUGGGAUUAUUACAUUGAGAGGCUUGGCAGCGCCAUUCAGAAAAUUAUCACCAUUCCUGCUGCCCUGCAACAGGUUAAGAACCCAGUGCCCAGAGUCCGGCAUCCUGACUGGCUUCAUAAGAAACUGCUAGAGAAGAAUGACAUCUACAAACAGAAGAAGAUCAGCGAACUCUUUGUCAGUGAAGGCAAGCGACAGGUCACCUCUAACCAACCCUUGGAUAGCAGUCAACAGUCUGAGGUUGGAGAUAUUGAGGAUUUUGGAACUGCAAAGCGUCUGCAACCAGCCAUUCCAAUCACUAGCAAGCGCAAGCGUGUUCCUGCUGCUGAAGAAAGUCAAGAGGAGUCUCAGGAUGUGGAGCUUACACAGUCAUGGCGGGAGAUCCUAGGACCACCUCCACCAACUGGAAAUACAAAGGAUGAACGCCUUGUUUGGCUAAGAUAUCACAAGAAGAAGUGGGAGUUGCAAGCUAGGCAGCGUCGAGAACGUAGAAAAAAGCGACGUUUGGACGAUGGCACUGCAGUCACAGGAGGUGGAGGAGGAGCCAUUCGUGGUGGUCCAACCACUGGCUUGGGCAAUUUUUUGCGUAGGACUGCUCGGACCAUUCUGGACAUGCCAUGGCAGAUAGUUCAGAUUGCCGAGACCAGUCAACCUGGUCUGUACAAGUUGUGGUCUGUUAUCGGUAAUGAACUGCAUUGUAUCAAACUCAACAUCUCUCGUAUCUUCUAUGUGAAUCAACGAAUUCCUAAGGCUGAGGAGGGAGCUGUCUACAGGAAGACAAACCGAAUCCUGCCACGUUCUAACAUUGUAUAUAAUUUGUACGAGUACGCUGUGCCAGAGGAUAUGUACCAGGAGCAUAUCAACGAGAUUAAUGCUGACCUCUCUGCACCAGAUAUUGAAGGGGUGUAUGAGACGCAGGUCCCAUUGCUGCUUCGUGCAUUAAUCCAGCUGGGAUGUGUGUGUAUGGUAAACAAGCAGUUAGCCCGCCAUCUUGCUGGCAGGGAAGCGGAUAUCUUUGAGCUGGAUACUUUGGAAAUGAAAUCACUUGCACAGUUCAGUUACUUGGAACCUGGCAGCAUCCGGCAUAUUUACCUGUAUCACAAUUCACAGGGCAAUAAAGCGUUGUUUGGACUCUUCAUCCCUUCACAGAGGAAAGCAUCUGUGUUUGUAGUCGACACGGUGCGGAGCAACCAGAUGCCAAACCUAAAUAGCAUGUACUCUACAGAGCGCACUGCCAUGUUGGAGAAGCUGGAUGAAGAACUGCUGCCACCAGCUAAACACACGUUUGAAGUGCGAGCAGAGACUGACCUGAAAACUGUCUAUAGGGCUAUCCAGCGACUGUUGUUAAAUUAUAAGGAUGAACGGAGAGGUCCUACUCUGAUAGCUGUACAGUCUAACUGGGAUAUUAAAAGACUGGCCAAUGGCAUGCCUGUCUUUGAGGAAUUUCCUUUGGUCCCUGUUCAUGUUAUUGAUGACAUCAGUUAUAAUGUUUUGGAUUGGCAGCGUCAUGGUGCUCGUCGAAUGAUCAAACAUUACCUCAACCUUGACAGCUGCCUGUCACAGGCUUUUGAAAUGGCAAGGUAUUAUCAUAUUCCAGUUGGGAACCUGCCUGAGGACAUCUCCACAUAUGGCUCUGACCUUUUCUUUGCUCGACAUCUUCGGCGACACAACCAUCUGUUUUGGCUGUCACCGACAUCACGACCAGACCUUGGUGGGAAAGAAGCAGAUGACAACAGAUUAGUCAUGGAAUUUGAUGAAAGGGCCUCUGUGGAAAUCAAUAAUCCAGGGUGUUACUCAACAGGUUAUCAUGACCUACCACCUAACUUUGUUUUGGCCACAAUGGAUGUUACACCACUCCGCAUAAGCAUCCCACACAAGGAUGGAAUUGCUUCCUGCCUCAAAUAUUUACAAGAGAAAACCGAUUAUGACAUUAAUCCAGAUAGAGAUGGGCAAUUUAUAGGAUUUAUUCCUGUACAUAAUUUUAACUUUAAUGGAAUUUAUUGCAUUCAGGCUAUGGACACUGUAAUGGAUACCAGAAUUUCUCCACAAUAUGCAGAUUUCUUCAUUGCAAAACUAGAAGACGAAUUUCUGCAACAUUGCACACACAGCCCACUCCCAAUUUUGAAGAGUAUGGUGGUAGGAUGGGUAAAGGAAAUUACUCAGUAUCACAACGUUUAUGCGGACAAUCAAGUGAUGCACUUUUAUCGAUGGCUGCGAUCGCCUGCAUCCCUGCUGUAUGAUCCAGCACUUCAUCGUACCUUGCACAACAUGAUGAAAAAGCUGUUCUUGCAGUUAGUUGCAGAGUUUAAACGUUUGGGAUCCUCAGUGGUUUAUGCCAAUUUCAAUCGUAUCAUUCUUUGUACAAAGAAGCGCAGAAUUGAGGAUGCAAUAGCUUAUGUGGAAUACAUUACUAACGCACGGAAAGAGCAGAAGCAACAUGAUGAUGAAGGAAGUGAAGAUGAGGAGGAAAAAGAUGAAUGGGCUGAAGAUGAAGAUGGAGAGGGAAAUGACAUAGAGGAAUUGCUGGAGAAUAACUGGAAUAUAAUGCAGUAUCUGCCACAAGCAGCAUCUUGUCAGAGUUACUUUUUAAUGAUAGUCUCAUCCUACACAGUGGCCGUAUACCAUAGUAUGAGAGAAGAGAUGAGGCGGAAUGCUCCUGGAAGUACACCAAUCAAGAGAAGAGAAACAAGUCAAGUCUCUCAGCAAGCUGAGGGGAAAGCUGGAGCCUUGCCUGGAAUGAUUACCUUCUCCCAGGAAUAUGUUGCAAAUGAACUUACACAGAACUUCUUCACUAUAACUCAGAAAAUACAGAAAAAAGUAACUGGAAGUCGAAGUACCACAGAAACGUCUGAGAUGUUUCCAGUCCUGCCGGGGUCCUAUCUUCCACUGAAUAAUCCAGCUUUGGAAUUUAUCAAAUGUGUUUGUAAGGUUUUAUCCUUGGAUACAAACAUCACUAAUCAAGUUAAUAAACUGAAACGUGAUCUGCUGCGGUUAAUUGAUGUUGGGGAAUUCUCUGAGUCUGCACAGUUCAAGGAUCCGUGUCAGUCCUAUAUAUUGUCUGAAGUCAUCUGCAGAAACUGCAAUUUCUGUAGAGACCUGGAUCUUUGCAAGGACCCAUCUAUUUCACAGGAUGGAGUAGUAUUACCAAAGUGGUUUUGCAGCAAUUGUCAAGCAGAGUAUGACAGUGACUUGAUAGAAAUGGCACUAGUUGAGGCCCUGCAAAAGAAACAGAUGGCUUAUACUCUGCAGGAUUUGAUUUGCACAAAAUGUAAAGGUGUGAAGGAAUCCAACAUGCCUAUUUAUUGCAGCUGCGCAGGGAAUUUUGAUCUGACCAUCUCCUAUAAGGUAUUCUUAGAGCAGAUCAAUGUUUUCAGAAAUAUCGCUCGUCAUUACAGCAUGCCAUUCUUACUGGAAAAUAUUGAGUGGCUUUUACAGAUGAACACCUGCCUUACAUGAUGAAAAGCAUACCUGUGCUGUAUUUGUGGAGCAACUUGACAGUAUGUUGCCAACAGAAUGAUGGAAGCUGUAUGCUGAUAUAUUGUAAUGUACUCAUGCAUUGCUGCACUCAUCCUCAGCACUUCAGAGGCAGCUGUGAUGGACCACUGGAGAGUUUGAAGAGUCUAGUGGUUUUUCUUCCUUUUUAUGGAGGAGUCAGAGACAUAAAUAGUUCUUGAUUUAAUAAAAGGUCUGCGAUCUGCAUUUCCUUCAGUGCAGUGGGACCUCAGAUCCUACAAAGCUUUUAAUAGACUGGAAAUGAUGUAUGCAUUGUGCACUAGAUGACUCAUUUUAAAGAUUCUUAUGCUCUGGGGAGAGAGUUCUUUUUAGUGGAGCUACAAAUGACCAGUUUCAGUAUUUUCCAUUUCCCCAUCUAAGUGGAUUGGGCUGUUUUAAAUUUAUCCUUAUUUUACUUAACAGGUUUUUCCUUCUGGCUUUGUUACAUUCCAACUUUGAAAGCACUGAACCACAGAACUUUGGUCUGAUAUUAACUUCUCAUCCCUCCCUGCCAUCCACAACGUCCACAUGUGACUUUUAUUUCGUUGCAAGUGCAGAGGUAUAUAAUUUUCGUUGCCAUUGCUUGCAGCAAGGUAACAUUUUUCGAACACAACUUUAACUGCUAAAAAAAGUGACACCAUAUGAUGCAUGCUAUUCCGGUUCACACGUUUCCAUUGCUUGCUUUUAUGUAGCCUUGAAUAAAUCGUAGGAAUGAGCAGUGAUUGCUAUGAAAAAGUAACUGCACUGAAAAGCAUUUGUCGACAAGCACUGUGGCAGUUUUCAGAUGAGAGGAUAAUUUUAAAUAUUGCUUUUAUUAAAACCUGACAGUUAUAAAGAUGCUGGAUCAGUUAAUAAAAAAGGGAUCUUUAUUGCUGUGAGUAUAUGGCAGA